AAAAGACAGCUGUUCAAGGAGAACAAUUGAAAACUGGAGGUUAAGUACUUCGAACGAUUAUUUUAGGAACUUGAUACGGAAAUGCUAUUUUAAGCUGCACCUAGCCUAAAUGAUGUUUAACAUUUCCUUAUUGCAGCAUAGAUAAACAGAGUACCGUUCGUGAUUAACUAUCUCAACUAUCUCAAUGUAAUACAACAAUAAUUGUAAGUAAAACGACUAGGUUAAGAACAUAGUUAUUUCACUCUUUAUACUCAGGAUCAAAGUAUGAUGUCAAUGUAAUUGGAACAAAUAUGUUAGUCAUUCACAACCUGAGGCGUUAUAUUCAUGUGACUGAUGGACUAUUUAUUUUGAUCAGAUAAAAAUGGGAUUUAAAGUUUAAUUUUUAAUGUUAUUUAAUGUUAACGUUGCUAUCACUUCCUUUCUUAAAGUAGAAAAUGUUCUAAGAAAAUACUUCUUCAGAUACCGCAAUCGAUACUGUCUCAUUUGUUACAGUAUAACUGAUAGGUUGUUUUAAUUGUCGGGAUUGUUAUACAAACAUGCUCAUGUCUGGUUUAAUUUGGCUUGUGUUCAAUGACUAUUUGUUAGGUUAGAUAAUAAAAAAACAAUAUCGUUACAACCUGUCUUGUAACAAUAUGUUAACAAUAAUUUCACUGAUGAGGGGAAAUUAACUAUAUCUAGUAUUACUCAGUGACGUUUUAAAUAUUGAACUUUACUAAUAUGUGAUAAGAAAAUAUUUAAGACAACACGUUGUUAGUUUGACUGCAACUAAAUGGGAAGGAAAAAACGAAAGCAGAGCUGGCUUGCGACAGAAACAGAUCCGAAAAAGAAAACAGCUGAAGAUACCGAGGGGAGAUUAAAUGGGGCGUCGGGGGGAAACAAAGAGUUGCAUCCUCGUUGGCUACCUUAUGGGAGUCUAGCCCCACGAACAAAAACAAAACGAAAUUGGAAAGCAAAAUGCAUUUCACAAACUGAAGAAAAUCAAUUAUUGAGGGAUGAAAAUAAACAAUUACAAGAAAAGAUAAAAAAGUACGAAGAUGAACAAAAACGAUUGCAAGAGGUUUCUGAAGAACAUGCGGCCCGGUUAGUUAACCUUGAUAACUGUGACAACGUACAAAUUGGUAACCAUAAUUAUUUGCAUGUAGUUCAGAAUAACUUUGAUGCAACCUUUCUUAAGAAGCUUUUGGACCGGUAUGAAGAUAUAAUUAAAGAAGACGCAAGGCAGCGGCAAGUGAUGAAAGAGCAAAUACAAGAUCUGUCUUCAAACAUUGAGAAACUGACGGAAGCUCGUAGCAAAAGCGAACAAAUGCUGGAUUGUUUAGGACACAUUGUUAACCAGACAGAGCUUCAACAAUUAACAGAUCAAGAAGAGGCUUGUCCAGAUAGUUCAAUUGCAACGAUGUCUCAACAAAUAACAGAUUUAGCAAAGAAUUUUAAUGCUUUUUGUUUAUCACAAAGAGCGCUUUCCAGUGUUUCCUUAGACGAAAGACAAUUCAAAAGCAAUGGGUGCAAAUGCCAAAACAAGAAAAGGAUAAAUUCCGAACUAGAUUUAAACAUGCAUGUUUAAAAUUGUAGUUGAUUAAUUUAUCUUAUAAUAUAAUGCAUAAACUCGUAUUUAUAUUACGUCCUUUUAAGUAUAUAAAAAAUGAAGAGCUGCGCAAGUCCAUACUCCAUAAAUAAUUGGAAUAUUGAUGUGAUAUACAUAUCUGGUAUUUUCACCAAAUCUAUUUUUCACUUUAGUUAAAAUAUAAAAUAAAAUGAAAAUUUGUUUGUUUUAAGCAUAAAAGCAAAAUACCUAUCGCCCUUGAACACCAUAUUUUACAAGUUCAUCGGUGGCUGCGCCGUUCCUGGAUAUAUUGCAUUUGGUGUUCACUUGGUGUAAGAUCUUUUGAUCUUAAACAGAAACAAACAAAAUGUGGUCUAUAUAUUUGCAUGCUAAAAUGUUUAUAUCAUUGUGUAAUUAUCCAACUCUAAUCACUUUCAUUAUAUAAUUAGUUUCAGCAUUUAUUGCAUAUAAACAUUGGUCAUCAUAUGAUAUCUAUUGCGGACAACAAUUUGCUUAGAAACGCCCGAAAAAAAUAUGACCUAUAUGCAAAACCUAGCAUCGUAGAAUAAGUAAUUGUUACCAUAUGGUCGUUUCUGACAAUCAUGUCGACUUUUACAGUGCUAUCAAGUCAGAUAUGUACAACAAUUGUUCAAUUGAUCUCAAUUGCUGUAUGUACUUUAACUAAACUUGGCAAGUAUACGAAAGGAAUGUUGUAUCAGCAUAUUCUAUUUUUGAUUGCAGCUCAUACGGGUUUUGAAGAGAGGAAAACCAACUUAUAUGCAUGAGUGGACUGAACUAGACUAGACUAAAUACAGGCAUAUUAAAUAAAUUGUCGUCAUUUAGUAUAAUGUGUGUCAGAUCACGUUUUGCUCAUUGGUGAUAUUCUGUUGUAGUUAUUGUCCAAUGGUUACUCUUUAUCUUUAGAACAACAGGAAAGUAAAACUUGUCCUUACCAGGAAGAUCGAAUGCGGUCAAGGAUAACUGUACAUGCACUUUAAAGACAAAAAAGUAUAUGUUUUUACACAGCAGAGGUUUUAGUAACAUGGCCAUUGCCUCAUUCCAAUCAGUUUUUGUUCAGAGCCGUUUUCAUUUGUUCCAAGAUCGGUCAUGGUAAUGAUAUUUUUCAAAAGAUUUAGCCAAGCCCUGUUCACAUGAUGUUGAAAAAUGCUGAUUUGGCAUAUGGAAGCGUGAAAGUGCCAUAAUCAUUAUUAUGUUUCGAUACUCUACAUGUUUCCAGAAGAUAUCGACUUAGUUAUGGUGUAUGUAAAUUAUUGAUUGUCUGAAGUGAUAUAAGGUAGAUGGGUGGCCUUUUUUAGCAGAAUGCUUUUUUGCAGAAUAUAGGCACAGUUGCAAGAAUUCAUAUGUUAACAAGACAAUCCUUAUGACUACUUCCAUAAAAUGGGUUCAAGUUAAAAAAUGCAUCGAUGGCUUAUUUGUUUUUUGUCUUUAUGGUGUAAAUUCACAACGUACUUCUCAUAAGGACCUGAUCAACCUAUCUUGAAUGUGUAAGUGAAAAAUAUGUGUUGGUAAAACUGAUACAUCAUGAUUAUAAAAUCUUAAACGAAAUUCGUAGAAAUUGCUUUUGUCAACGUUUUGGUAAGGUCAUUAUCAGAAGCAUAGAACUGUCUUUCGCAUGGAACGCAAGAUCGCAUAGCUAGCGUUGGAUUGAACUAGACGACAAUUUUGUUUUCAAAUGCAGAUUAAGAAUUUCUUAUGAAUCUGUUCCCCAAUUGGGAGUCUUGAUUUCACCUAUAACUGAGGAAAUUCGAUCGAAAUUAUUUCCUUUUGGGUUCUGACGUUUUGCAUCAUUGGGACAUUGACUUACUGAAAAAGAUCAAAUUUUGAUAUUUGGAUAAUGGAGUGAAAUAUCUCUCAUUAUUCAAGAUUGCAAACAAUACUGUGUUGCUUUGAACAAAGUGUCAAAUAUAUGAAUAUGCAUUACAGUCACUCAUAGGAUAAAUGGUUAUUGUGUAUUUUAUCUUUAAUUUUAUUCCUACUACAUGUAAACUUAAAAACAAAUAACCGGCCAUUUGCUGUUUUUCAAGUGCCUUAUAAAUUACAUAAAGUACUUUGAGAUGUAGCAUACAUUUUGAUCAUUAUGUUAUUGAUGCCAUAU